GGCCCCGCCUAGCCAACUGGCGUCGGCGGAGGCAAGCCGAGUCUCCCUGUGCGCGAGGAGCGCUCGAUGGCGAGGUGGGCCGAGGCGUUGCGCCUGUCCGUCGCCGUCCUGGCGGCCCGCCGCGCGCCCGUAGGCUCGGCCGCGGGCAGUCGCGGCAGCGUGGCCGCGGCCGAUGGGCUGGACUUGCUCGCGCUGCUGCAGGUGUACGAGCAGCCUCAUCCCGGCGAUGACACGCUCGGGGCCGACAGCCUGACCUUGCCCGACACGGCGAAGGACAACGGCCUGCAGCUCUUCCGGCCCCAGCGGCACCACACGUCCGCGUCCUCGUGGCUCUCGACGCAGCAGUCCCAGCGGGUCCUCAUGAAGAGCGUCCGCGAGGCC